GAUGCAAGCUGCCAUUAAAACUCAAAAAAGAAGAAGAAGAACCUUUGAAUGUUGGAAACCGGAGUUUACUAGCGUUAUGUUUCUACGGUCCAAGCACUGUCAGACAGUGCAGUCUACAAUUUACAGCGACGCAAUGAACACCAGCCCAGUAUCAUUAGGUGCGCUAUAGCACAGUGAUUUUACCUGAUGCCAUCUAAAUCAAAGGCCCAGUUGGCACCCUUACCCUGGACAGAGAUCCUUGCGUAUUGGGUGCUAUCCUUUGGCUCACAUCUGUACUCUUUCUACCAACUGCAUAGGUUCUCCAAAGAGCAUGAAGCAGGAUUAGAGAGAGAAUUCCAGUUGGAGAAAGGCCUUCUUAAGGGUUUUAAAAGGGACCCAUCAGACUUUGAAUGGAGUUUCUGGACUGAAUGGGCUAAGAAGUCUUUACUGUGGACCCUGACUGGUCAUGGCGUCAUAUCGAGAUUGACCAGCAUCUUUUACCCCAAGUGUAGGGUGCCAGCACUUACAAUAUAUGGCCUCUUAGCAGCCAGCAGCGUGUUGGGAGUUAAAGGUGUGAGUGUGCUGCUGGUACAUCUGGGCCUGUCCUUUUCAGUGGCCCAACUGCGAAAGCCUGCUCUGUCAUGGGCAUGUAACCUGCUGCUGCUAUCCACACUUCACAUCCAACCGCUUCAAGAGAUCCAGAGAGGCUGGUACCAGACCGAGGAGGAGUACUAUCUGCUGCUCUUCAGUGUUGCUGUCUGUGGUCUGCGCUUUAUCAGCUUCAGCCUGGAGCAUUGCUGGAGCCCUCCAGACCGCGGUGGAGUUGUGCAGCUCUGUUGGUUGUUUUCUUACACCUUCUAUCAUCCUUUUUUCUACAAUGGACCCAUUAUCACAUACAAAGACUACAUUGAGCAGAUGCGGAGGCCUGCUGCGGAGAGUUACAGGGAUGAACCUGCUUUUAGGUACUUGGUGCUCAGAUCAGUACGGAUCAUACUGUGGUGGUGCAUUGCAGAAUACAUGAUCCAUGCAAUGUACAUGCACUCCAUCCAGUCUAAUGAGACCUACUUAGAAAUUCUUCCUCCUUGGGCCUUGGGCGGUCUGGCCCUGGCCCUCGUCCAGUUCUUCUAUGUCAAGUAUCUGGUACUGUUUGGCCUUCCAUCCAUGCUGGCUACUUUGGAUAAACUAGUUCCCCCAAAGCUUCCCGGUUGUGUCAGCAUCAUGUACAGUUUUACAGGGAUGUGGAGGCACUUUGACGAGGGGCUGUAUCGAUGGCUCAUCAGAUACAUCUAUGUGCCGUUGGGAGGUUCGAGACACGGCCUUCUUUACAAAAUGUUAUCCACUGGCCUUGCGUUUGGAUUCGUCUGCCUCUGGCACGGUGGCCAUGACUACUUACAGUACUGGGCCAUGAUGAAUUGGGCUGGAGUUCUGAUGGAAAACGGAUUUAAAUCUCUCUUUGCUUCAUCCUUUAUUCACUCUAUUGUUGAGCAGAAUUUCUCUGCGGCUGUGAAAAGGCGUUCCAUUGCCCUCCUCUCUUCCUUCUCCACUGCCAUGCUCAUCCUCUCUAAUCUGGUGUUCCUCGGAGGGAUACAUGUUGGCAGAAUCUUCUGGAAGCGUGUCUUCAUUCAAGGCUGGUCUACCAUGGCCCCACCUAUGCUGGCUUUCCUCUACUGCUUCGCUCAGAUUGGACUGGAGUGGACUUCUCACCCGCCAUGAGUCACCUUGACUUUGUACCAGAGUGAGAAUCUGUGCUACUGGAAAACCAGAACAACCUGCAGAGUCCAGUGCCUCCAAGUUCUCACCACCCAGCGUCUCUGUGGCAAAUCUGGCUCACAGCCACAGAACCCGUCCGAACCUGGCCCAAGUGCAGCUGAAGCAGCCACUUUCCACAACCUGCAGGAGCAGGCAAGAUCUGUCUAUAAGCUAAGACGAAAAGGAUCAGUGUUGAUUCUUUCUAGGAGAGAGGGUUUCCUGUUCUUCAUGGAAAAUCUAAGUGCACGUUAAAGCUGAUAGAACGAGUGUGAUGCCGUGAAUUCAGGACAGUCGCUUAUAUCGAAGUCCUAUCUUGCCUUGGCUGUGUUGUGGAAUUUUUUUUACCCAGUAAGCUGCACUGUAUUACUGUUAUUCUAGGAAACUGUAAAGGAAAAUAUGGACCUUGUAUCUGUCUUGGUUAUAUGACUCUGAUAAGGUAUUGCUCAGUGGUGCGGUAAGCUGGAGAAAAUGCUAAUUUCACAUUUACCAUCCUCCUUUAGCUCGCCACAAAAACAGCUGUGUAUUCAGAGGUUGUCAAUAGGCACAGAAGACUGAACAGAGCAGCGGGAACCUGAUCGAUAUCAUUAUAUCCCCGUAGAAUGACACCGAUAUUUGUAGAUGCAUUGCUUAAAAGCAAAAAAAAACUACACACUAGCUUUUAGUUCAACACAGUCACAGUGGAAUGCAGAGAAAAGCAGACUUUGGAGCGAGGAUUCAAAAGACCACAACGUGCUGUGCAUUUUUAUUUAUUUUUUUUGCCAAAGUUUUGUUCUGUAUCGCUUUGUAUUUUAAAUGUAUCGACUUUACAAUGCCUCAGCCCAACGACACUCAACUAAAUAUAGCCAAAACCAGUUGUCACGUUUGGAUUAAAAUGUUUUAUUUCAA